GCAGCCACAGAAGUUGUUCGUCAUUCGCCGAAGUCGCUUGCUUUCGGUCGUCCACUGGGCAUCUUUUGGCCGUCGUCGUUCGUCUCUUGCGCGAAAGCCAUCAGUAGAAGAAAGAAAAAAAUCAAAGUGAUAUCAUCAUCGUUCGGUUGUUCGGGGUGAGGCUUUCCUGUUACUUUACCCAGCGGAAAGUAAUAUUCGAUUCGGUGCCUGCCUGCAGUAGUGCGAAUCCGCGACGGUGUCGAUUUUCACGUUCAAUAUCCGGUGGCCGUGUCUCGGAAUAGCGGCGGUGUUCCUCCGGUCCUCUCCGCUGGUGACGGGGACAACUUCGUUUCAGUGCGUGUGAGUGUGUGGAUAAUGGCGUGAACAAAGUAAACAUUUUUUUUCUACCAACUCGGAUACCGCUUUGAAGGAAAAAGUGCUGGCCGCAGAGAGGAUUGUUCCGUCGUUGCGUGGAUUGCGUGAUUUUUGGAUUUUGGAUCGAGUCGUGAUCCUCCUGGAUUUUGCGCUGGUGGAUAGUUUGUCGAAGAAGGCCCUGGCCGCUGCUGAGUGGAUGUAGAGAUACGGUGGUUUAGUUUUGUUUCGACGGUGCUUGCUCGUUGUGGUCCGGAUUUGGUGUGUGCUCUCUGCUCGGAUUGCGGAGUGACAGUGAAGCGUAUCGACACGACAACCGAAAGAGGGGGAGGGAACUCCGCACACACGUGUGUGAGGUGGAAGAAGAAAGUACCGCGGGGGGUGGCGACGGAAGAAAGGUGUACAAAAGCGAGAAGAAGAUGAUAAAAGAUUCGAAAAUGUAAAAAUAAAUGUGAUAAAUUCGACGUGUGAUCUCCCUAACAAGAAAACGUGAGCUGGAGCCACAUAGAAGAGGAGAGCGAGAGAUAGUGAAAGAGAAUCGUGUCGAGCACUCCGGUGUAAAAAGGGGCAGUGCUGGACAUACACAGCCAGCAAGCCAGGGAAUUAAUUCACCCUCGUCGUAGUAGAUUGUGCCGUGGUGUGGCGGCGGCGACGGUGGCUUACGGAGUACUAGCCCGACACAACAGCAGCAGCAACGGUCGCUGACGGUGUUUUGUGGUCUUUGACACACAAAGAAGAAAACAAGAAUUCCACCGCAUAUGAAACAGUCGUCGACCGUCGAAACUGGUGGCACACAAGGUGCUGCUCCACCGUGAGUUGUCAGUUGAUGAACCCGGCCGCCGCAAAACGAAAAACAUUGCGCCUCCGGCCGUCAUUUAGUGACCGACUGUGGAGAAAGAGCAGCAGCUUGCAGCAGCAGAGAAGCGCCGUUGGCCAGAAAGAAAACGAACGAAAACAACGCACACAACAAAGGAGGAGACAUGGAGAAAACUGGAGUCAGUGCCAUUGUAGAAUACGACUACACCGCCAAGGAAUCGGACGAGCUGACGCUAAAGCGAGGUGCCACCAUUACCAACAUCAAAAUUCAACCGGGCGGCUGGUGGGAAGGCACACUGAUGAGUACCGGCAGGACCGGUAUGUUUCCGGAUAACUUUGUCCGGGUGCUGGAACCGGACGAUAAAAAUCCGGUCGUUUUGAGGGACAAAACAGCCGCCCAGAAUCGACGAUGUAAAGUCAUCUACAGCUAUCAAGAGAACAAACCAGAUGAACUUACGCUGGCCGUUGGUGACAUCGUGGAAAUCUUCGAGGAAGUGGAGGAAGGCUGGUGGAAGGGCAAACUGAAAGGCAAAAUCGGAGUGUUUCCGUCGAACUUUGUCGAAGUUAUGGAAUCGGCUUCACCCAUGUCGGCGAACCGGACAAGCAGUAUCGGCGCGAAACCGACCCUACUAAUGGACGGCCACGGAGCCGUCAGCGGAGGCGUUGCCGUGCUUCCGACCGGUCACACCGGAAGCCUAUCCAAAACGAACAGUUUGAACAAAAGCCGCAGCAGUCUUAACAGUUCCCGGGAAAACCUGGACGACGUGAUACCGAACCAGCAGCAAAUUCUACCGCACGAUGCACCGUCGCUGCCGCCGAAACCGGUGCGCGAGCUGUGCAAAGUGCUGUUUGCGUACGCACCGGCCAACGAGGACGAGUUGCGGCUCGUCGAAGGGGACAUCAUUACCAUCCUGAGCAAGGAGCUGCCGGACAAGGGCUGGUGGAAGGGAGAACUGAAGGGACGCGUCGGAGUUUUCCCCGAUAACUUCGUCAGCCUGAUGCCACCAGAAGUUUCCCCAGUGAAGGACUCCUUCCACGCGAAACCGGAACGUCCUCCGCUGUCGAACAAAGUGCUAAUAGGCAAGCAAAACAACAAUCAAACCGGCGGCACUACCAACUCCUUCGCAUCCCGGAAGGAAAGUUUCGGUUCGAAGGAUUCACUCAACGAACAUAACAACACUAGCAACAACACCGGAUCGCCCACGGUCGGUAACGUGGCCGCCCAUCGGCGGUCGCUGGAGACGCGGAACACGGAAAACCAUCACCCAUCGACGAACAACACCCAGCAGCAACAGGUCACCGAGAAGCCCCCGCGAAAGAGUCUGGACAGCAGCAAGACGUCCGAGAUCCGGAAGAGUUUGGAAAAUCUAGACGACAAGAAAGCAACUCCUCCGCCGGUGCUUGGUAAGAAACCGCAGGUUCCGAUCAAGAAGAGUCCCUCGAUCACCAGUGUCACAGGGAAUCUGUUCGGGUUCAACAAGAAGGGGAAGAGUGGCGGAGAAGGUAAGGUACAGGAUGGCACGGAUGGGGUAGGCAGUAGUAAGAUGAAGUCAGAGGUUGCGGAUAAUAACGAAAAGAACGUGAGUGGCGAACGGUUGUCGCGGGAGGAAUCCGAAUUCGGGAUUGUUGAGAGGGGAUCGGUUCUGAAGGAUAUGAGGGUGAACCGAGCGAAGGCACCGAAGAGGAGGCCACCGACGUCGGCUGGGAGUUUGAUGGGCGAGUCUGGAAACGGGACCAAUGGUUUGAGCAAUGGAAACACCGGAUUGUUCCAUCAGUUGUCACAAGGAGCGGAACCGGAAUCGCCCAAGCCGGACCUGUUGAACGUUAGUCAUCAUAGCAAUAGUAAUGAGGAGGAAUUCAUUGCUAAGCCAAAAGCACGAGAGUGGGAGAAGCACAAAGUACCCUGGAUGGACGAACUGAAGGCAAGUCAAGCCAAAAAGACCUCUCCGAAUGUGAACGAAUCAAAGUCACCGGAGCAUCAUUCGGUGGUUACGGAGCAUCAGGAGUCGUCCAAGUUCGACAACAUUUCCAAGUCAUUCCAUAUGAGUUCCAGCACGGCCAGUUCGGCGACUUCGGUGUCCGCUUCCGGUCGGGCGAGACUAUCGGAACGGGCCGCCACGACGACCGUGGCGGAUACGUCGUCCUCCAGCUUGGUGAACAACGCUAACAAUAGCAGUUCCUUCGACUUGAUCGCGUCCAGUAGGAAGGAGACGUCCAGCAACAACAGCCAUCAACACACAACGUUAACCAAUAGUAGUGUCGAACAUUCCAGUAGCAGUAGUUCCAGCACGACAACCACCAACGUCAUGACCAAGUCAAUGUCUGCCCUUUCAACCAAGAUUGCCAUUUCGUCGUCGUCAUCGGAGAGUGCUGCCAACAGUGCCGCCAACGAUGCUGCUGCUGCACCUUCCAGUACUACCAACUGCACCACCAACAAUAGCAACACCAAUCGGCCGGUCAGUGUGAACCUGCGCAACCGGAGCAUAUCGCCGACGCCCAUCACCCGCAAUACUAAGACAAUCCACAUAUCCGGCGGUACAGACCGGCCGGAAGCCUCGACAACGGUGGCGCCCAGCAACAGCAGCAACAACAACAACAAUGGUACAAGUACCACUGCCAUCGGUGGUGGCACCUGCCCUCCCGUCACCUCGGACAACGUGUGCUCCCGAGUGCAGGACCUGGAGCAGAAGGUCACCCGGAUGGAACGGCAGCUGUCCGCCCAGAACGGUCUGAUCGAGGACCUGAAGCGGCUACUGCGCGACGAAGCGGACAAGGUGAAAACCCUCCAGCGGGAGCUGGAAAAGUACGCCCAGUGCGUAACGCAGGUAUGAUGAUAAAUGUGGAGGGUUCGUUCUAGACGAGAGACGCACCUCAAAUGUACCUUACCUUCUGUGUAUUGUUUUUUUUGCGUAGUAGGCUUGGGUUGAUUGUGGCUAAUUUCGCGCCAAUUUGAGUCGAUUGGAUUGGCACAGCCUCUUUCAGCAUGCCAUAAAACUUGUUUGGAUUACUACAUCAAUUUGGUUUUGUUGAUAAAAGUUUUACUUUUUUUUAUCGAUUGUUCGUGAAAAAUCAAGAAAUGUCAAAUUAUCUGACCAAUGCAAGUGAAACUAUCGUGGCAAUUUGGAAAGUUAUUGAUUUUUCUAAUGCAAAAGAAUAUAAAUAUUGAUUUGGCGUGAAAUUCGUCACCUGUUUCUUUUACCACAAUCCGCAAGCACAAACAUUCGCCGAAUAACCUACACAUUCCUUGCUCUAUGACUUUGUCCCCCGCCAUGCAAACGCGACGUUUCCGCAUUUUAUCGACCUCCUUCUAGUAUAGAUCGCGAGCGUGCUGUAAAAUAGGGUACACUAGCUUCCGACCAGCCGUCUUUGUGCACGAAAAAUUUAGCAGACUACUACUAUUAGAACCGGAACUAUAAAUAAACUUACUUAGGACUUUUUAUCGUCUCUAAAGAAACGCAAUUUACCGACUCUGAACUGUUUACAUACUUUAUUUUUUGUAAUUGUUACACAUUUUCCCGAAAAGAGAGAGAGUGGUUCGACCAAUUCGAUCGCGAGACACGCGUACGUGCAUCCCUAACGCCAUCCGAGUAUUAUCUAAGGGUGUCGUAAGUUUUUGACCUGAUCGAUUAGUCGGUAAUCGACUUGGCUUUAUCGAAUCAAUAGUUGACAUACAAAAUCGACCAUAAAAACGUGCAAAAUGGCAACUAUUCGGUUAGUCUAUGAUCGAUUUGAACAUUUUAAUCGACUUUUCAAGAUAAUCAAUCGCUUUACGACAUCCCUAGUAUUAUCCAAUCUUUAUCAGAGUAGUUAAGCAAAUGUGGAUGGUAGAACUCCAUAUCGUGGAAAAGUAUCGAUGAAUACCAACCCAGAGAGGGAACAAAGAAAAAGGAGGAAAUCAGCUGUAGUCGUGGUUUUACAUCGAGAUACGCUUAUAUGAUAGAACCAAUAACAAGAUGAAGUGUGAUAGAUAACGCAGUUCCUCCGGAAGUAGGACUAGAUGAAGCAUAAGCAAUGUGAGUGAUGCAGUUAUUUUUUUUUUCUUUCAAUUCGAACGCACAAACUUGAAAAUUAUGUCCAUGUCCAAACCAGUCGACAUUUGUAUUUGUUCUACCCAUCCUACGUACUGCUAGGUAUACAAAUUUUGUCCUAUUCCUCUUUACCAUUGUAACCCUAACUUCUGGAUCACUUUGUAUGCAUUACUUUUUUGUCGAUUUGAAUGAUUCUAACGUUGGUUGCUACUAUUUUGGGCCACUAGUGUUCUUUUGAAAUCAUUAAUUGUUUCUUUGUAUCACUUAUGUGUUUGUUCAAAGCGUUUUCUUAUUUUAUUGUUGGAAGCGAGAUAUUUGGCAUAAUCGAGAUGCGAAUAGUCAUUAUUCCAAAACACAAAGAACGUGACGCGAGACAGGACAAAACGCUUUUAUUUGUUACAAAUAAAUGAAAAUGACUUUUAUUUACCUUUGAAGCCUUUUUUUCCAAGCGUUAUUAUAGAGUGGUUUCUACGUAUCCGUUACUGUUGUUUUGGUGCUCAAUGGCAUAGAAACGGUAGAAUAUGAUGCAGAAUAUUUUUUCUGGAUAGCCUAGGUCAUCCAAACUGUUCAAAGCUACGAUUUGCAUUCUUUUAUGUCCAAUAAGUUUUCUGAAAGUUCAAAAGACAGUAUCAGAUUUGUCGGGAUAUCCUAGGUCAUCCAAACUGUUCUUGAGUUCAGAUCCUAAAGAAUACGGGUGUAACGGUAACUUCUUUCAUCAUACAAAGCUACGAUUUGUAUUCUAUCAUAUUCAGUAACUCUUCUGAAAGUUCAAAAGACAGUAUCAGAUCGGUCGUGAUAUUCUAGGUUAUACAAACUGUUCUUGAGUUUAGAUUCUAAAGCCUACGGGUGUUAUAGUAACUUCUUUCAUCAUACAAAGCUACGUUUCGUAAUAUAUCAUGUUCAGUAAGUCUUCUGAAAGUUCAGUAGAUAGUAUCAGAUCGGUCGUGAUAUCCUAGGUUAUUCAAACUCUUCUUGCGUUCAGAUUCUAAAGUCUAUCGGUAUAACGGUAGCUUCUUUCAUUAUACAAACCUACGAUUCAUAAUCGAUCAUAUCCAGGAAGUCUUUUGAAAGUUCAAAAGACAGUAUCAGAUCAGUCGGGAUAUCCUAGGUCAUCCAAACUAUUAUUGAGUUCAGAUCCUAAAGUCUUCGGAUGUAACGGUAACUUCUAUCAUUAUACAAAACUACGAUUUGUAAUCGAUCAUGUCCAGUAAGUCUUCUGAUAGUUGAAUUGACGUUAGUAUCAGAUCAGUCGGGAUAUCCUAAGUCAUUUAAACUGUUCUUGAGUUCAGACCCUAUAAUCUACAGAUGUAACGGUAACUUCUAUCAUUAUACAAAUCUACGAUUUGUAAUCUAGCUUGACCAGUAAGUCUUCUGAAAUUUCAAAAGACGAUAUCAGAUCAAUCGGGAUAUCCUAGGUCAUUCAAACUGUUUUUGAGUUCAGAUCCUAAAGUUUACCGGUGUAACUUCCUUUGUUAUACAGAGCUACGAUAUGUAAUCUAGCUUGUCCAGUAAAUCUUCUGAAUCCGUUGAGCAUUGAGUCAUCCAAACUAUUAUGAUAUCUUCACCACAACAAUCGGUUCCUCCUGGGAUUCCUCCUGGAAUUCCUCUAGAAGUUCCUCCGGGGAUUCCUCCAGGAGUUCCUUGUGAGAUUCCUAAAGAAGUUCCUCCUGGAAUUCCUUCGAGAGUUGCUUCUGGAGUUCCUCCUAGGAUUCCUCCAUGAGUUCCUCCUGGGAUUCCUCCAGGAGUUCCUUCUGGGGUUCCUCAAGGAGUUCUUCCUAGGAAUCCUCCAGGGUUCCUAAAGGUGUUCUUCCUAGGAAUCCUCCAGGGUUCCUAAAGGAGUUGCUCCUGAGAUUCAUCCGAGUUUUCCUAGGAUUCCUCCAGGAGUUCCUCCUGGGAUUCCUCCAGAAGUUCAUCCUGGGAUUCCUCCAGGAGUUCCUUCUGGGAUUCCUAAAGGAGGUCCUCCUGGGAUUCCUCCGAGAGUUCCAUCCGGAGUUCCUCCUAGGAUUCAUCCAGGAGUUCCUCCCGGGGUUCAUCCAAGAGUUCCUUCCGAGAUUCCAGGAUUUGCUCCUGGGAUUCCUCCAUGAGUUGCUCCUGGGAUUCCUCCAUGUGUUCUUCCUGGGAUUCCUCCAGCAGUUCCUCCUGGGAUUCCUCCAGGAGUUCCUCCUAUGAUUCCUCCAAGAGUUCCUCCUGGGAUUCCUCCAGGAGUUCCUCCUGGGAUUCCUCCAGGAGUUCCUCCUUGGAUUCCCCCAUGAGUUCUUCCUGGGAUUUCUCCAGGAGUUCCUCCUGGAAUUCCUCCAAGAGUUCCUUCUAGGGUUCCUAAAGGAUUUCCUCCUGGGAUUCCUCCAGGAGUUCCUCCUGGGAUUCCUCCAGGAGUUUCUGCUGGGUUUCCUUAAGGAGUUCCUUCUGUGAUUUCUCCAAGAGUUCCUCCUGGGAUUCCUUCAAGAGCUCCUUCUAGGGUUCCUAAAAGAGUUCCUCCUGGGAUUCUUCCGAGAGUUCCUCCUAGGAUACUAUCAGGAGUUUCUCCUAGGAUUCCUGCAGGAGCUCUUCCUGAGAUUUUUCCAGGAGUUUCUCCUUGGAUUCCAGAAGUUUCCUGCAGGAUUUCCUGCUGGACGUCCUCGUGGGGUUCCUACAGGAGAGUAGUUUGAUACCCAUAUUUUGGGGUACAUUAUAUCCAAAGCAACUUUCAAUGGCCAUACAUAACGGCUUGACUUUGAAAAUGAUAAAGUUCAAUACCAUGCCUAUAAGGUCAUGCACUUUUCAUAUAAAUGGACACUUGUGGCCUCAGAGGGUCAUCAGAGCUGCCCUAAGGGUGGUAAUUGCACUUCAAGCAAAAUCCAGUGAUCAUAAUUCGACGUUUAUGUAACACUUUCAACUGGGCAUGGUCCGUAGGUGACUCAAGCUUUUGUGAGUAAUUUCCAAAUUUUAUUCAUAUGGAUUACAAUGUUCGAAAAGAAAAUGCUCAUAUUUUUAGUUUUGUCAUACCAACCUGAGUAAAUGCUCAAGUAGGUAAAAGGGUUGACACAUGCAUUUUAGCAAAGUAAAAGCAUUUGCUCACUUUAUUCAUAUCACUUAAUAAGUUACAAAUGUAGACCUGGAGCUAUGGUCUCCGAAGUAGUUUGAUUGAUCUGGAAUAUCUCAAAACCAUCUUGGAAUGACUCAUGAAAUGCCAGGGAGAUUACUGAUUACAGAUCGAUGUGUAAUCUUACGGUUCAUUGUGAGAAUAACUACUGUUACUGUCAACCUAAACUUCAGGACAGUUUGGACGACCCUUAAUGUCCAAAAGGUUAAUAAUAAUAAUGAGUAGACUUCAGGUUGGUACAGUAACCACGAUUGAUUAUGCAACUUUACCUAGUAUAUAGCUAUGACUGCUGUUACGAGUGUAGACCUGAAGUUCUGAACCCCAAGGUAAUUUGACUGACUUGGGAUAUUCCUAUAGUGUCUAUAAAUGACAUUUUAGUUUUCAAGAGCUUUACGGAUCCCAAAUCCCAAUAGAUUUUGUAAUGCUAUUAUUUAUGGCGAAAACUAUAGGACUAUACUACACUAUAGGACAAUUUGGAACACCUUGAACAUCCCAGAAUAUAAAACACCUUUUGAUAUUCUUGACGAAGACUAGAUGAAUACAUAUGAACGUAACCUAUAGUUAGGGCUCCCAUCUACUCAGAAUAUAAAAUCAGGACAUUUCAUGUAUUUUCACGAAAAUGAGUAAAACUCAUCGGAUUUGUUAAGAAAUUUUAACCAAAAUUAGUCCAAAAUCAGGACAUGUCCUGCUAAAUCAGGACGGAUGGUAACCCUACCUAUACUGCCCCCACUCGCAUAACAGUCCCAUCUUUGCUGGGUUUCCUAUUCAUAUGGGACUGUUAUGCGAGUGGGGGCAGUAUAUUCAAAUUCAGCUUUCAGAACAACUGGUAUGUCAAUUAUUUAGUUUCUUCAAAUGUUAUGGUGUUCAAAAACCUUUUUUUUGUAGGAACUAUAAGUGUUAUGUCCCGUCUCGCGUUGCGUACUUUGUGUAUUGUCGAGGUUAGCACGAACCUCAAGAAACUGAAAUAAGUAUGUUAACUUUAUGUCAAAUUAUCAAUAUAUCGCUAGACUCUUCUGCCAAGCGUUAGAUGGCUCUUUAUUUCCCUGCCUCCAUCCAGCUGGGUCCGGUAGUCGUACAAUUAGACCGGCGCACAAAUUUACAUUCCUAUUAUUGACCAUCAUUCCCGCAAGAGUGCAAGACAUUCCUCAGCCGUACAUAGCUGUUCUCCAGUACUCCUACAUAUUCCUUCCCCCUGUUGAAACGAAUGAGUAUUUGUUGCAUUUAUUACAUUGGAAUGAGUUAGUUUAUCCGCCCUUAGGAUUCCACCUAGGUAUCAUUGUAUCAUAAAUCGAAAGCCGGAACCGAACAACCCUGUAUCUUUGUAACUAACCGUUUUCCUACCGGAUCUACACCGGAUAUCCUCUGUUGACUAGGGCAAGACAAAACUGCGCCAUGGAAUUCUACUAAGGCAUGUGAACCGAUAGUUACUCUGAAAGCGGGAAACUGAAAUGAGAAUGUGAAACAUUAAUGUGAAUGCAACAAAAAAAGCAACAACAAACAUGGUGAUAGAUUUGUGAACAAUAGCCGCCAAGUGCUACCCUAAAAACUAAGCAGAAUAAGGUAUAUAAGCGUAACAGACACACAAACAGACAGAAGAUUCGAAACAACAAAACAAAAACAGAAAUCGCAAGUCCAAGUAAGAUAAGUCGAUCGACCGUGGAUGCGUGAUGAUUCCGAGGUAUUCAAUUUCAACUCGCAAACGACACCGCGAAGCGUAACCACGAAACCACAUGAACCGUACACAAACCGACACAAACAAAUGCAAAAAACACGUACACACACGUAUUGUAAACAACGCAAAAAUGUUCGCCAUUUUUUUUUUCUUUGUGUACAUAUUUAAUAGCGAAGUAAAUAUAUACCGUAUUAUUAUUAUACAUACCUACUUAUUUUAUUUAGCCUUUAGGAAUUCCAUAUGAAGAAAGCAUGCAAUCGCUUUAUACAUUAUACAAUAUUGAAACACCUUCAUGAUACAUGAUAAAAACAAUUUAUGUAAUGAUUAUUCUAAUAAAAAUUCGCUUUUUGCAAAUAGAAUUAAAACAAUUUA